CUUGAGUCCACACGGGGGAUGUGACCGGGGCUGACGGAGCCACCCAGAAGCAUGGAGACGGUGGUGAUCGUUGCCAUAGGCGUGCUGGCCACCAUCUUCCUGGCCUCGUUUGCAGCCUUGGUGGUGGUUUGCAGACAGCGCUAUUGCCGGCCCCGAGACCUGCUGCAGCGCUAUGACUCCAAGCCCAUUGUGGACCUCAUUGGUGCCAUGGAGACCCAGUCUGAGCCCUCUGAGUUAGAACUGGAUGAUGUCGUCAUCACCAACCCCCACAUUGAGGCCAUUCUGGAGAACGAAGACUGGAUUGAAGAUGCCUCGGGUCUCAUGUCCCACUGCAUUGCCAUCUUGAAGAUUUGUCACACUCUGACAGAAAAGCUUGUUGCCAUGACAAUGGGCUCAGGAGCCAAGAUGAAGACUUCAGCCAGUGUCAGCGACAUCAUCGUGGUGGCCAAGCGGAUCAGCCCCAGAGUGGAUGAUGUUGUGAAAUCAAUGUACCCCCCGCUGGACCCGAAACUCCUGGAUGCACGGACGACUGCAUUGCUCCUGUCUGUCAGUCAUCUGGUGCUGGUGACGAGGAAUGCCUGCCACCUGACCGGGGGCCUGGAUUGGAUUGAUCAGUCACUGUCAGCCGCUGAGGAGCACUUGGAAGUCCUCCGAGAAGCAGCCCUGGCCUCUGAGCCGGAUAAAGGCCUUCCAGGCCCCGAAGGCUUCCUGCAGGAGCAAUCAGCCAUUUAGUGCCUGCUGGCCAGCAGCUAACCACGAGGGCCAGCCUGCUGCCAUCCCUGGGUGGCUCAGCUGAGCCUCUCAGUCUUCCCUGUAGAGUUAGUUGUUCUUCACCGCUCUGGAGUACAGCUGUGUAUGCAUGAGAAAGUAGGGUAGCCCCAACAGUUGAUGCCUCUGUUGCAAUUGCAAAAGGUGGCUGAUGAGUGGCAGUCUAAUACCACAGUUAGGGGAGAUGACAUUCACCAUCAGUACAGUAGAGCAGUGAAAACUGGCGGACUGUAAGCUUUAUUUAACUCACCUAGUGUUUUCAAGAGAAUUGAGCCAGCAUCUAAGAAUCAGGAGGUUUCACCCUGAAAUCAGAAUUUCUGGCUUCUCUUGAACAAUCAGAAGGUGUGCCAACUCUCAUCUGAAUUCCCAAAAGGGACAAUCAGUUGGAACUAAAUAAAAGUUGCCUCUUUUGACAAGGCUUAUACUCUCUCACCUGGCCUGUUUCGUUUAUUUGUAUUAUCUGCCAUGUCCUUGAGGCAACUGAGUCCCUCCUCCCCUUUCCAGCUUUGAGGUUGAGGUGUGCACUGCAGAGUUGAUUAUUUCCUUUUAAUCACUAUGCCUGCAAUUUGACCUGACUACCACUAGGUGGAUAAUAAAGCUAUACCUAGGUUUUCCUCAA